AUGACGUCCUCCAGACUCGCCGCCGGCAGCUUGCGGAUGGACGUGCUCGUUCGCGGCUCGCAUGGCGCUCGCCUGCCGCUGCUUCCGCGGGGAGGGCAACGGCGGUGCGCAGGUGAUCCGCGUCUGCCGCCAAGCGGGCUCCUCCCCCGGCUCCCGCUCCUUCACUCCGCUGGUCGCUCGGGCCUAUCGGCCCCCAGAGCGCGCGAGUCGAUAAGCUGUCGGGCCUCCUUCAACGGCUUCGGCCGGCGAUCCUCGCGCGCGCGGGAUGACCGCAGUCACGCGCAAGCGCGCGCUGAGGGGGGCAUGUGGCAGGGGGAGGAGGGGGAGGAGAGGGGCAGGCGGGAUGCGGGCAGAUCAGCAUCGGGGGGAGCAGGUCCGGCGUGGAUGGGGAUGGGCGCGGGGGAAGGGGGCGCUCGGGCGGGAGUGGGCGACGCGCAGCGGCUGCUGAUUGGCGGCGCCGUACUGGCGGCGGUGACAUGGCUCAAGUUCGCGACGGAGGGCCAUCUGGGGUGGCUGGGCGACGGCGCGCUCGAGGGCGUCGCGCAGCUCUGGGUGCGUCGCGCCGCGCGCCGGACGAAGCGGCGCUGCAGCGUUGGGCUCUCACUCUCGCAUGUCUCCCGUCUCUCGCAUCGGUCGCAUGCGUCCCUUCAGUCGCUUUCUUGUUUCGCCCCUCGUCCGCCCCUCCGCUGCAACCUCACUCCCUCCGCCUCCCUCCCCUCCUUCUCGAAACGGUCCUUGUCCUUCCCCCAUCCCCCCCCUCAUCAACCCCCCACCCCCCGUUCCCCCCCGUGCCUGUCUGUGCUUGCGUGGCAGUUCGUGUUCUACCUGUUGGACGUGGCGCUCACCACGGCCACGUGGAUCGUCGGCAAGCUCACCUCCUCGCUCGCCGUCGCCAAUGUACCCCCCUCGCCUCCCCUUCCCCCCCUCGCCUCCCCUCCCGCUUUCCCUUCCCCUCCCUCUUCUCCUUCCCCUCCCACUUCCUCGUCUCCUCAUGCUUCCCCUUCUCCCCCCGUUUUCCCUUCCCGUCCCGCUUCCCGCUUGGUUCCUUGGGAGCUUCGUUUUCCUUUGAAGCUUUGCAAACUGCCCGUGGUGCGACCACCAGUUCACGUUCGACAGGUGAGCCCACGGGGCACGCCCCACGCCCUCACUGCUGCGAGCAGGCUCAAAAGGGAUGAAGAUGGCCGGUUUCAGCAAGCGGACGCCAGCAGCCGUGGCUUCAAUUCCCAAUCAAGGUCGCAAUCUCAAGACAAGCAGGGAUGGAGGGCGACGGGGACAGACAGAGUGGUGGACGUGGAGGCCACAAUAGUUGACAAGGAUUAG